AUGUUUGCUAACGCCAGACAAGCGCCGGCUCUCAGUGACUCAAUACGUUCGCCAGCACCUCGCUCUAGUACAUUGAAAGCAAAGAACUUGUACGUGUAUUUCAAUCACUCCUUGUCAGAAGGCGUAGAAACGCUCCAAAAAACGCUGGGGGCGCUAAGUAACGAUUCUCAGUUGGGUGAUCCAGCAAGAAGAUGCUUGAAACGAGACGAUUUCUUCGAGAAUGAUAGUGUAAAACCUUAUUUGGAGCGAAAAAAGAGAAAGAUUGAAGAGAAGAUAGGUGUGGAGGUAACACUACAUAUGGCAAACAAAAUCCUGGGUAUCGCAAAAGAAAUUGCCUACCAAAAGUCUCUUGAUUGUCUAAAGAAAUGGCAGAGAAAAAAGAUUCGCGUGGAUGGGCUUGAUGAUACUGAAGAAUUUGAGAAUGUGUGGGUUGAGUUGAAGGGUGGUGUUGGCACUCGGCACGAAUCCGAAAACAGCAACAAUCGUGAGGAUCUAGAUGUGUUGCUAAAAGGCUUCUCGGUAAUGUCUGCAGUGCAGGCUCUAACAAUGCCCAGAAGAAGCAAAGAAGAGGAUCUGUGA